UGCUGUGCAGCUAAAAGUAUUGGUAUCGGACGGUCGUAUUUUUGUUAUGCUGUUGUUGUUGUUUAGCAAAAAUGGAUCAACAACUGCACCGUCUGACGGAUCGUCAUUACUCGGAAGUGGAGGGCUUGCUACAGGCUAUGGACAUGCCGAGUUCCGACCACGAAGAAAUUGACUCGGAAUCGUGCCGACUCAGCCGGUAUAAUGUGGCCAACCUGUAUGAGGGACGUCAGCGUUGCUACACAAUGCCGCACGUGCCCCCAGCGCCGCCCUCCACACCAACGUUGUUAACGUCCAACGGCAGCAGCGGCGGCAAUGUCAAUGGGAACGGCACUGGUAACAGUAACGGUAGCGCCAAUGGCAGCUCCAGCUCACCCACCGCCAGUCUGGUGGCCGAUAAUCAAUCAAUCAAUCAUUUUAUCUAUGUUAAAAACGGUAAGAACCUGCGUCGCGAAACCCGUUGCGUUGACUCCGAGCUAUCUAAGCUGUUCAACGUGGUGUCCAUCACAAAUCGGCUAACUGCCGUCAAGAAUCGUGCGCACAAACUGCAUCAGCAUCAGCAGCAGCAUCUGCCGCUGGCCGACCGUGGUAUUUUAAAUGCAUCCCGGACCAUAUCCAAGCUGCAUGGUGCGACGAAAAUCUUUAAGAUUCAUCGCGAUCCCAAGGAAUUCCUGCGCGAAACGGACGAAGAUUCAGUGUCGGCGCCCGAAUACGAUGAAGAGGAGGAGGACACACGUUUCCGUUUCUUUCGACGGACACGACACUCACGUCGGCAUUCGUAUACGCGUAUGGAGCGUAAAUUUGCCCGGUUCGAGCAUCACGAGCGCAUGGAGACGAUCGUCGAUAGCUUCGAUGCGGCCAUGAGUUUUAACGAUGCAGAUACCUGAGCGGAUGCAUCAGCUGCCGCUACAAUCACUAGAACAACAACAACAGAAACACCUUCAACAACAAAUAGAACAGCAACAGCAACAACAACAAGAACAACAGCAAGUGUAGCGACAGCUUCUGCAUUCAAGCAACAACAACAACAAAAACAACAACAACAACACCACAGGCACGAAGGGCAAGUGGUUGGCCGCCAAGUGCAAACCAAUGUGAUGAAUGUGAAUUUCAACUAAAUUAUUUUUAUUACUACUAUUAUAUUACUAUUAUAUUACGAUUAUGAUUACCGAUUAUCGAUUACCGAACUGUUCUCUCCAUACAUUUAGUUCUCUUUGUGCGCCAAUUGGCCCGUCGCAUCAGACACUCUUGUGGCACAAUCUGCUGGUCUUCAGAUCAGGCAGAUACCUCAGCAGUUCUCACUCCAGAGAAUCGCUGACGCCGCCACAAGUGAAUGCAUCGAUGAAGCGCAGCAGGUCACAGCAUUUAGUUUAUAGUUCUUAGUUUUUACGCCUGGGCGGCUCCUCUCAUCUGAAUAUUGCAGUCGACGACGGCAACAAUAAUAAUAAUAAUAAUAAUAUAUAAAUAAUAAUAUAAAACAGCAACAAAAAAUAAGAAAGAAAAGCAAGCAAAAUGCACAAUUUUUAGUAUUUAGUUGUGGCCUGACGAGCGCCGUGUCCAUUUGAAUGAGGAGCAGCCAAACGAACGAUUCCAAUAAAUGAUGCACAAAUUAAUGUGUUGUAUUUGUGAAGAUGAAA